AUGUCUCCCAGCCUUCGGGAAGGUGCUCGGCUCCGGGAGAGCAAACCCUCACCCUGCUCCUUCUCAAUCGAGAGCAUUUUAGGACUGGACCAGAAAAAAGAUUGUGCAACGUCAAUAAGACCCCACAGACCCUGGACGGACGCCGGCGACUCGGAGAAAGAUGGAAACCCAUGCCCUCAGGGCCCAGAUCCUCCCAGUGAGACUUCAUUUCCUGGUCCAGUGGAUCACCCAAGGCCAGAAGACAGGGCUCCGAAAUAUGAAAAUUAUUUUUCAGCCUCAGAAACACGUUCUUUGAAAAGAGAAUUGAGUUGGUACCGUGGACGGAGGCCAAGAACCGCUUUUACCCAAAAUCAGGUCGAACUAUUGGAAAAUGUUUUCAGAGUGAACUGCUAUCCUGGCAUUGACAUCAGAGAGGACCUAGCCCAAAAGCUGAAUUUAGAGGAGGACAGAAUCCAGAUUUGGUUCCAAAAUCGUCGAGCAAAGCUGAAAAGGUCCCGUAGAGAAUCACAGUUUCUAAUGGAAAAACCCUUCAACCCAGGUCUUCUGAAAUCGAAUUACCAGCCGCUGCCCAUGGAAGAGCCGCUGUCUGCAGAUGUACCUGAUGCCAACAUGUACCAAGUGGACCCCGAUGAUGAAAGUCAGCUACACCCUGAAAUUGACAACACCCCUAGACAGCAGGAAGUAGUUUAA